AGCCAGGCCAGAGACCUGUUGUGUAAGAUGUUGAUUAUUGAUCCAGCCAAGCGGAUACAAGUUGACGAAGCCUUACAGCAUCCAUACAUCAACGUUUGGUACGACCCAGCCGAGGUGGAGGCGGUGAGUAGGAGGAGUCUGUAGCUAGAAGUCUCUGGCAGCCUUAUCAAUUAGUAGCCCUAACUCCAUCCUAUAGAUCGGUACUUGUUUAGUUUGGGCUGUUUACAUCUGCCUUGUGUUUUUGUAUUUGUGGUGUGUAGAUAUAUCGGUAAAUGGGACAGCUUUCUUUUUAUGUUCAAUUCCCCUCUCAUAAUGGUUACUAUAGAAACCAUCCAGAGAAACAUUUAUGUUGUUGUUGUUAGUUCGCAUCUCAUAAUAUACAUGUUUUUUUCACCCCUGCAUGUUCUUGACCUUUUAUGGCUACCCCUUUACCCACCACAGCUUAUCUGGCAUUAGGUAGUCAUGGAAACAUAUUAUACGCAUGUUACUGACGAUCAUGUACUGUAGAGACAUCCCAGUGUGCUCAACUGGUUGUUUUCCCCAUAGAAAUACAUACUAUGGUUUCUACUUCUAUGGUUUUACCUGCUGGAAUGUGCUCGAUUCCUCAAAUAGGACACAGAUACAAUACACUGUCUCACUGCUGCUCACUGCUUUGGGAGAAUACAGUACAGUUCAUUCUCAUCCAGGAGUUGUGCUAUAAGGAUAGUUCUUACUGGAUCAUGUAGCAGGCAUUUCUUAAGGUGUGCUGGUUAUGUGGUUUAAGUGUAGUCAUUCCCUCUUAAAUACCUUCAUCACCGUGGGGUGAUAGUGAGUUCGGGGGAAAAAAGCUGUUUGCAGCCUGUGUCUUACUUGAUGAAGACUUUAGAUGCAAUUCACACCAAGUAGGCCUAUCUGCUUAUGCAUAACGCAAUACAGUGUGGCGUGGCCUUCUCUGAACUGUAACCCAGUGAAGCAGACAGAACUGGGGUGCUGUAUGAGAAGGUAACCUCUCUGUUAGCCUGCAACCCAUAACUGAUACAAUCUGUUCCCAAUAGUGAAAUGUAGUAUAUUGGUAUAUUAGUUUGGAUUUCAGCGUACGACUUUAUAUGAAAGAGGUGUGCAAGUAUACAGUAUCAAAGACUCUCAACAAGAUCAAUCAAAUAUACAGUAUCAAAGACUCUCAACAAGAUCAAUUAGGUCGAUUUUAAUCAAGUUUAUUUUAAUUUUCUUAUUUGCGAUAAAUUACACACCUUCACUAUAAUAACUAUGUUUGACAGUUUGAAUAUACAUUUUCAAGUAUGUUAUUAUAUAAUAUUGUGUAAUAUGUACAUUUCAUUUGUAGCAUGUCUCAUUCUUUUGUGAAAACAUACAUUUUAGUUAAUCAAAGCAAAAAUGACCAAAAAGUGACAUCUUACUGUUAUAUGAUGAUGGUAUAUUAUAUGUUGUUGUAUAGAUGUGAUAUAUAGAUUAUAUUGGCCAUCUAUGGCAUUACAAUCUCCCUGAAACCAAUGUACUGUUUUUUCCCCUCUUUAUUGUUUAUUUCAUGCUGAUGAAGGCCAGGGAUCUCGUCCAAAUAUCAAUGGUAAAUAAAAACCGACUUACAUCAAGAUAAAUAUAUCUCCUAUACAGCAUUACAAACAUGAUAUGACCACAUAUGACCACAUAUGACCACAUAUGACCACAUUUGACCACAUAUGACCACAUAUGACCACAUUUGACCACAUAUGACCACAUAUGACCAGAUAUGACCAGAUAUGACCAGAUAUGACCACAUAUGACCACAUAUGACCACAUAUGACCACAUAUGACCACACAUGACCACAUAUGACCACACAUGACCACACAUGACCACAUUUGACCACAUUUGACCACAUAUGACCACAUAUGACCAGAUAUGACCAGAUAUGACCAGAUAUGACCAGAUAUGACCACAUAUGACCAGAUAUGACCACAUAUGACCACAUAUGACCACAUUUGACCACAUAUGACCACAUAUGACCACAUAUGACCACAUAUGACCAGAUAUGACCAGAUAUGACCAGAUAUGACCACAUAUGACCAGAUAUGACCACAUAUGACCAGAUAUGACCACACAUGACCACAUUUGACCACAUAUGACCACAUUUGACCACAUAUGACCACAUAUGAACAGAUAUGACCACAUAUGACCACAUAUGAACAGAUAUGACCACAUAUGACCAGAUAUGACCACAUAUGGCUUUACAAAACUCUACCACAUGUAUUUGGGGGCAGCAAAACAAAACCCCAUCUUCAGCAGUUUUUCACUGACCAAAAUUGAGAAAUGUGUCAUAUACACUCUUAGAAGUAAAAGCGCUACCUAGAACCAUAAAGGGUUCUUUGGCUGUCCCUGUAGGAGAAUAGCACGUUUGGUUCUAGGAGUGUACAGAAUGGAGAGCAUUACAAACAUGAUAUAACCAGAUAUGACCAAUGUUGCACUAUCCUAAGGAACCCUCAUACCUCAGACAAAAAAUAUAUAUAUAUUGUUGUCUAUCGACAAUGACAAGCCACCAGGGUCUGACAACUUGGAUGGAAAAUUACAUGAGGAUGAUAGCGGACAAUAUUGCCACUCCUAUUUGCCACCUCUUCAAUCUAAGCCUACAGAAAAUUGUGUGCCCUCAGGCCUGGAGGGAAGCCAAAGUCAUUCCACAACACAAGAAUAGCAAAGCACCCUUUACUGCCUCAAACAGCUGACCAAUCAGCUGACGAGAUACAAUUCUAUUUCACAGUAAACAAAUUAUCAACAGACUUUAGCACGCCUAUAGGGAAGGGCACUCAACAUGUACGGCAUAUGUGUUAUGGCUUUACAUCCCCUGCUAUAUCAUGGAUCGAGAGUUACCCAUCUAACAGAACACAGAGGGUAUUCUUUAAUGAAAGCCUCUCCAACAUAAUCCAGGUAGAGUCGGGCAUUCCCCAGGGCAGCUGUCUAGGCCCCUUACUUUUUUCAAUCUUUACUAAUGACACUGCCACUGGCUCUGAGUAAAGACUGUUUGUAUAUGUACGCUGAUGGCUCAACACUAUGCAAGUCAACUACUACAGCAAGUGAAAUCACUGCAAUACUUAACAAAGAGCUGCAGUCAGUUUUAGAAUAUGUGGCAAGAAGUAAGCUAGUCCUAAAUAUAUCAAAAACUAAAAUAAAUAUAUUUGGGACAAAUCAUUCACUAAACCCUAAACCUCAACUAAAUAUUGUAAUGAAUAAUGUGGAAAUUCAGCAAGUUGAGGUGACUAAACUGCUUGGAGUAACCCUGGAUUGUAAACGGUCGUGGUCAAAACAUAUUGAUGCAACGGUAGCUAAGAUGGGGAGAAGUCUGUCCGUAAUAAAGCGCUGCUCUGCUUUCUUGACAUCGCUAUCAACAAAACAAGUCCUACAGGCCCUAGUUUUGUCUCACCUGGACUAAUGCCCAGUUACACGGUCAAGUGCCACAAAAAGGGACAUAGGCAAAUUACAGUUGGACCAGAACAGAGCAGCACGGCUGGCCCUUAAACGUACACAGAGAGCUAACAUCAAUGACAUGCAUGUCAAUCUCUCCUGGCUCAAAGUGGUGGAGAGAUUGACUGCAUCAGUAGUUGUCUUUGUGAGAGGUAUUGACAUGUUGAAAGCAAAGAGCUGUCUGUUUAAACGACUAGCACACAGCUGACACCCAUGCAUACCCCACAAGACAUGCCACCAGAGGUCUCUUCACAGUCCCCAAGUCCAGAACAGACUAUGGGAGGUGCACAGUACUACAUAGAACCAUGACUACAUGGAACUCUAUUCCACAUCAUGUAACUCAUGCAAGCAAUAGAAUCAGAUUAAAAACCCCCAGAUGAAAGUACACCUUAUGGAACAGCUGGGACUGUGGGGAGACACACACAGACACAAACAGGUAUACGCACACACAUGCUAACACACACUCUUGCAUGUACAUUAAUAUUGUUAUAUUGCUGUAUUAUGGAUUUUUGUAUUGUAGAUAUGUUGUGGUAGAGUAGUGUGUAGUAAUGUGUGAUGUGUGAUGUGCAGUUUUUUAUUUUGUAUGUAGCUGCUUUAAUCCUGUUUGGACCCCGUUAAGACUAGCAGCAGCUAAUGGGGAUCCGUAAUAAAUACUCAAAUACAAAGUCAAUGCAGAGAAGAUGUGACAGGAUGUAUGUGUGCUGUGCAUGUCUAUGUGGCUUUCUCCUCACCAAUAGGAAGCAAUAUACCGUCUGGCUGCAUCCAUGAAUACGGGAGCCAUUUUUUCACUGUAGAAGUAUGAGUUGAUGUGACGAUGAAACUGCAGGAAACCAUGCUGUAGCCUGCUGUACUCUGUCACAUCUGGACAGAACGUCUACGCUGUCUUAUUACAAUCUUAAAAUGUGUGAAAAAUCUUAUAGAUUUGAUGAAUGGGUUCGUAACACACCUCCUAAAUAUUCAAGUUGUUUCAUCCUCCCCCACGGGGGGGCCAGUAUGAAUAAUCUAUGCACUCACUAAUUGUAAAUCGCUCUGGAUAAGAGCGUCUGCUAAAUGACUGAAAUGUCAAUUGGAUCGCUAAAAAAAAAUUUGUAGGCAUACGCUCAAAUUAAUAUGCCAUUUAGCAGACGCUUUUAUCCAAAGCGACUUACAGUCAUGCGUGCGUACAUUUUUACGUAUGGGUGGUCCCGGGGAUCGAACCCACUACCCUGGCGUUACAAGCGCCGUGCUCUACCAAUUGAGCUACAGAGCGUAGUGUACUGGACACAUGCAGCAUGUACGGUAUCUCAAGAUACUGCUGAACUUUGCUCAGGCUCACCCUUUCACUUUGAUUGAUUGGUGUUCUUCUCAACAACCAUCCGUCUCGUGACAAAACACUGAGUCCUUGGAAGCAGCAUGCAAUGUUAUAUCCCAGUAGUGCACGUACAGAUAGACCUCUUAAUUAACCUACUUCCAAGGUCACAUCAUGAAUGUGAUUUUAUAACAUGUCUCGUCAAAAAAUCUUCAUAACGUUUGACAGACGGAUAGGGAAGGAGACGAUAGUGUUAGAGUUGAGGGUAGCUGGAGGAGUACUGAGGAGAUAAACAUAAUUGACAGGUGUCAGUCAGUCAGUUGAUGGCUGACACGCCUAUUAGUAUGUUACAUACAACAACACAGUCAGAUGGAAUAGUGGGAGGGGGCUGGAUUGUACGCUCUACAAGUUAUAUAUAUAUAUUAUUAUUAUUAUUACAUCCACAGAGGAGUUGUUGUCCUUAUGCCUGUCAAUCAUCUAAUGAUAAAGGAAAACUACAGUAGAUCAUCUUGGUUGUGCAGAGAUUCAUUCUCAUGAGAGCGGCAUUGAUUUGUAAAAUAGUGUAAAAUAUAUCCUAGAAUCAUCCCAACCCACCCCUGUACCUAAAAUAUCUUAACAUUCUUUGUUCUCAUCAUUAUCUCUGUUCUACCUUUACCUGUCCUAUACUAUAGGCCUGUCCUGUCCUAUACUAUAUACUCCUGUCCUAUACUAUAGGCCUGUCAUCUCCUCCUGUACUAUACUAUACUCCUGUCCUAUAUUAUACUCCUUUCCUAUACUAUACCCCUGUCCUAUACUAUACACCUGUCCUAUACUAUACACCUGUCCUAUACUAUAAUCCUGUCCUAUACUAUACUCCUUUCCUAUACUACACCCCUGUCCUAUACUAUACUCCUGUCCUAUACUAUACUAUACUAUACUCCUGUCCUAUACUAUACUCCUGUCCUAUACUAUACUCCUGUCCUAUACUAUACUAUACUAUACUCCUGUCCUAUACUAUACUCCUGUCCUAUACUAUACUCCUGUCCUAUACUAUACUAUACUAUACUCCUGUCCUAUACUAUACUCCUGUCCUAUACUAUACUCCUGUCCUAUAUUAUACUCCUGUCCUAUACUAUACUCCUGUCCUAUAUUAUACUCCUGUCCUGUCCUAUACUAUACCCCUGUCCUAUACUAUACUCCUGUCCUAUACUAUACCCCUGUCCUAUACUAUACUCCUGUCCUAUACUAUACACCUGUCCUAUACUAUACUCCUGUCCUAUACUAUACACCUGUCCUAUACUAUACUCCUGUCCUAUACUAUACUCCUGUCCUAUACUAUACUCCUGUCCUAUACUAUACUAUACUAUACUCCUGUCCUAUACUAUACUCAUGUCCUAUACUAUACUCCUGUCCUAUAUUAUACUCCUGUCCUAUACUAUACUCCUGUCCUAUAUUAUACUCCUGUCCUGUCCUAUACUAUACCCCUGUCCUAUACUAUACUCCUGUCCUAUACUAUACCCCUGUCCUAUACUAUACUCCUGUCCUAUACUAUACACCUGUCCUAUACUAUACUCAUGUCCUAUACUAUACACCUGUCCUAUACUAUACCCCUGUCCUAUACUCAUGUCCUAUACUAUACCCCUGUCCUAUACUAUACUCCUGUCCUAUACUAUACACCUGUCCUAUACUAUACUCAUGUCAUAUACUAUACCCCUGUCCUAUAAUAUACUCCUGUCCUAUACUAUACUAUACUCCUGUCCUAUACUAUACCCCUGUCCUAUACUAUACUCCUGUCCUAUACUAUACCCCUGUCAUAUACUAUACUCCUGUCCUAUACUAUACCCCUGUCCUAUACUAUACUCCUGUCCUAUACUAUACACCUGUCCUAUACUAUACUCCUGUCCUAUACUAUACUCCUGUCCUAUACUAUAAUAUACUCAUGUCCUAUACUAUACUAUACUCCUGUCCUAUACUAUACCCCUGUCCUAUACUAUACUCCUGUCCUAUACUAUACCCCUGUCCUAUACUAUACUAUACUCCUGUCCUAUACUAUACCCCUGUCAUAUACUAUACUCCUGUCCUAUACUAUACCCCUGUCCUAUACUAUACUCAUGUCCUAUACUAUACAUCUGUCCUAUACUAUACUCCUGUCCUAUACUAUACCCCUGUCCUAUACUAUACUAUACUCCUGUCCUAUACUAUACUAUACUCCUGUCCUAUACUAUACCCCUAUCCUAUACUAUACUCCUGUCCUAUACUAUACCCCUGUCCUAUACUAUACUAUACUCCUGUCCUAUACUAUACCCCUGUCCUAUACUAUACUCCUGUCCUAUACUAUACCCCUGUCCUAUACUAUACUAUACCCCUGUUCUAUACUAUACUCCUGUCAUAUACUAUACCCAUGUCCUAUACUAUACCCCUGUCCUAUACUAUACUCCUGUCCUAUACUAUACCCCUGUCCUAUACUAUACUAUACUCCUGUCCUAUACUAUACUCCUGUCCUAUACUCCUGUCCUAUACUAUACACCUGUCCUAUACUAUACUCCUGUCCUAUACUAUACUCCUGUCCUAUACUAUACUCCUGUCAUAUAUUAUACUCCUGUCCUAUACUAUACUCCUGUCCUAUACUCCUGUCCUAUAAUAUACUCCUGUCCUAUAUUAUACUCAUGUCCUAUACUAUACUCCUGUCCUAUAUUAUACUCCUGUCCUAUACUAUACUCCUGUCCUAUACUCCUGUCCUAUAUUAUUCUCCUGUCCUAUAUUAUACUCCUGUCCUAUAUUAUACUCCUGUCCUAUACUAUACUCCUGUCCUAUACUCCUGUCCUAUACUAUACUCCUGUCCUAUAUUAUACUCCUGUCCUAUAUUAUACUCCUGUCCUAUACUCCUGUCCUAUACUAUACUCCUGUCCUAUAUUAUACUCCUGUCCUAUACUAUACUCCUGUCCUAUACUCCUGUCCUAUAUUAUACUCCUGUCCUAUAUUAUACUCCUGUCCUAUACUAUACUCAUGUCCUAUACUCCUGUCCUAUACUAUACUCAUGUCCUAUACUCCUGUCCUAUACUAUACUCCUGUCCUAUAAUAUACUCCUGUCCUAUAUUAUACUCCUGUCCUAUACUAUACUCCUGUCCUAUAUUAUACUCCUGUCCUAUACUAUACUCCUGUCCUAUACUCCUGUCCUAUAAUAUACUCCUGUCCUAUAUUAUACUCCUGUACUAUACUAUACUCCUGUCCUAUACUCCUGUCCUAUAUUAUACUCCUGUCUUAUACUCCUGUCCUAUAAUAUACUCCUGUCCUAUAUUAUACUCCUGUCCUAUACUAUACUCCUGUCCUAUACUCCUGUCCUAUACUAUACUCAUGUCCUAUAUUAUACCCCUGUCCUAUAUUAUACUCCUGUCCUAUAUUCCUGUCCUAUAAUAUACGCCUGUCCUAUAUUAUACUCCUGUCCUAUACUCCUGUCCUAUAAUAUACUCCUGUCCUAUACUAUACUCCUGUCCUAUAUUAUACUCCUGUCCUAUACUCCUGUCCUAUAAUAUACUCCUGUCCUAUAUUAUACUCCUGUCCUAUACUAUACUCCUGUCCUAUACUCCUGUCCUAUACUAUACUCCUGUCCUAUACUAUACUCCUGUCCUAUAUUAUACUCCUGUCCUAUACUAUACUCCUGUCCUAUACUCCUGUCCUAUAUUAUACUCCUGUCCUAUACUAUACUCCUGUCCUAUACUAUACUCCUGUCCUAUACUCCUGUCCUAUAUUAUUCUCCUGUCCUAUACUCCUGUCCUAUAAUAUACUACUGUCCUAUAUUAUACUCCUGUCCUAUACUCCUGUCCUAUAAUAUACUCCUGUCCUAUAUUAUACUCCUGUCCUAUACUAUACUCCUGUCCUAUAUUAUACUCCUGUCCGAUAUUAUACUCCUGUCCUAUACUCCUGUCCUAUACUCCUGUCCUAUAUUAUACUCCUGUCCUAUACUAUACUCGUGUCCUAUAUUAUACUCCUGUCCUAUAUUAUACUCCUGUCCUAUACUAUACUCCUGUCCUAUACUCCUGUCCUAUAAUAUACUCCUGUCCUAUAUUAUACUCCUGUCUUAUACUCCUGUCCUAUAAUAUACUCCUGUCCUAUACUAUACUCCUGUCCUAUAUUAUACUCCUGUCCUAUACUCCUGUCCUAUAAUAUACUCCUGUCCUAUAUUAUACUCCUGUCCUAUACUCCUGUCCUAUAAUAUACUCCUGUCCUAUACUAUACUCCUGUCCUAUACUCCUGUCCUAUACUAUACUCAUGUCCUAUACUAUACUCCUGUCCUAUAUUAUACUCCUGUCCUAUACUAUACUCCUGUCCUAUAUUCCUGUCCUAUUUUAUACUCCUGUCCUAUACUAUACUCCUGUCCUAUACUAUACUCCUGUCCUAUACUAUACUCCUGUCCUAUACUCCUGUCCUAUACUCCUGUCCUAUAAUAUACUCCUGUCCUAUAUUAUACUCCUGUCCUAUACUAUACUCCUGUCCUAUACUCUGUCCUAUAAUAUACUCCUGUCCUAUAUUAUACUCCUGUCCUAUACUAUACUCCUGUCCUAUAUUAUACUCCUGUCCGAUAUUAUACUCCUGUCCUAUAUUAUACUCCUGUCCUAUACUAUACUCAUGUCCUAUAUUAUACUCCUGUCCUAUAUUAUACUCCUGUCCUAUACUAUACUCCUGUCCUAUAUUAUACUCCUGUCCUAUACUCCUGUCCUAUAAUAUACUCCUGUCCUAUACUUUACUCCUGUCCUAUACUCCUGUCCUAUACUAUACUCCUGUCCUAUACUAUACUCCUGUCCUAUAUUAUACUCCUGUCCUAUACUAUACUCAUGUCCUAUACUCCUGUCCUAUAUUAUACUCCUGUCCUAUACUAUACUCCUGUCCUAUACUAUACUCCUGUCCUAUACUCCUGUCCUAUAUUAUUCUCCUGUCCUAUACUAUGUCCAGAUAUACUACUGACUAUAUUAUACUCCGUCCUAUACUAUACUCCUGUCCUAUAUUUAUACUCCUGUUCCUAUUUACUAUACUUCCUGUCCUAUAUUAUACUCCUGUCCGAAUUAUACUCCUUUCCUUAUACCCCUGUCCUAUAUUUAUACUCCUGUCCUAUACUUAUAUCUAUGUCCCGAUAUUAUACACUACUGUCCUAUAUUAUACUCCUGUCCUAUACUAUACUUCCUGUCCUAUACUAUACUCCUGUCCUAUUACUCCUGUCCUAUAAUAUUACUCACUGUCCUAUAUUAUACUACCUGUCACUUACUCCUGUCCUAUAAUAUUACUCCUGUCCUAAUACUAUACUCUGUCCUAUAUUAUACUCCUGUCCUAAUAAUCACUGUCCUAUUAAUAUACUCCUGUCCCUAUAUUAUACUCCUGUCCUAUACUCCUGUCCUAUAAUAUACUCCUGUCCUAUAUUAUACUCCUGUCCUAUACUAUACUCCUGUCCUAUACUCCUGUCCUAUAUUAUACUCCUGUCCUAUACUAUACUCCUGUCCUAUACUCCUGUCCUAUAUUAUUCUCCUGUCCUAUACUCCUGUCCUAUAAUAUACUCCUGUCCUAUAUUAUACUCCUGUCCUAUACUAUACUCCUGUCCUAUACUCCUGUCCUAUACUAUACUCCUGUCCUAUAUUCCUGUCCUAUAAUAUACUCCUGUCCUAUAUUAUACUCCUGUCCUAUACUAUACUCCUGUCCUAUAUUAUACUCCUGUCCUAUAUUAUACUCCUGUCCUAUACUCCUGUCCUAUACUCCUGUCCUAUACUCCUAUACUAUACUCCUGUCCUAUACUAUACUCCUGCCCUCUACACUUGUUAUGUGCAUUGAAUGGGUUUGCAACUGAUGCAUAGAGCAGUGUUUCCCAACUCUAGUCCUCCAGUACCUCCAACAGUACACAGUUUUAUUGUAGCCCUGGACAAACACACCUCAUUCAACUUGUCAACUAAUCAUCAAGCCUUCAAUGAGUUGAAUCAGGUGAGUUUGUCUGGGACUACAACAACAAUGUGUGCUGUUGGGGGUCCUGGAGGACUGGAGUUGGGACCACUGGUAUAGAGUGUAUAUCAAUUAUCUGUUCUGUCCUGGAGUUGGGACCACUGGUAUAGAGUGUAUAUCAAUUAUCUGUUCUGUCCUGGAGUUGGGACCACUGGUAUAGAGUGUAUAUCAAUUAUCUGUUCUGUCCUGGAGUUGGGACCACUGGUAUAGAGUGUAUAUUAAUGAUCUGUUCUGUCCUGGAGUUGGGACCACUGGUAUAGAGUGUAUAUCAAUUAUCUGUUCUGUCCUGGAGUUGGGACCACUGGUAUAGAGUGUAUAUCAAUUAUCUGUUCUGUCCUGGAGUUGGGACCACUGGUAUAGAGUGUAUAUCAAUUAUCUGUUCUGUCCUGGAGUUGGGACCACUGGUAUAGAGUGUAUAUUAAUGAUCUGUUCUGUCCUGGAGUUGGGACCACUGGUAUAGAGUGUAUAUUAAUGAUCUGUUCUGUCCUGGAGUUGGGACCACUGGUAUAGAGUGUAUAUUAAUGAUCUGUUCUGUCCUGGAGUUGGGACCACUGGUAUAGAGUGUAUAUCAAUUAUCUGUUCUGUCCUGGAGUUGGGACCACUGGUAUAGAGUGUAUAUCAAUGAUCUGUUCUGUCCUGGAGUUGGGACCACUGGUAUAGAGUGUAUAUUAAUGAUCUGUUCUGUCCUGGAGUUGGGACCACUGGUAUAGAGUGUAUAUUAAUGAUCUGUUCUGUCCUGGAGUUGGGACCACUGGUAUAGAGUGUAUAUUAAUGAUCUGUUCUGUCCUGGAGUUGGGACCACUGGUAUAGAGUGUAUAUUAAUGAUCUGUUCUGUCCUGGAGUUGGGACCACUGGUAUAGAGUGUAUAUUAAUGAUCUGUUCUGUCCUGGAGUUGGGACCACUGGUAUAGAGUGUAUAUUAAUGAUCUGUUCUGUCCUGGAGUUGGGACCACUGGUAUAGAGUGUAUAUUAAUGAUCUGUUCUGUCCUGGAGUUGGGACCACUGGUAUAGAGUGUAUAUUAAUGAUCUGUUCUGUCCUGGAGUUGGGACCACUGGUAUAGAGUGUAUAUUAAUGAUCUGUUCUGUCCUGGAGUUGGGACCACUGGUAUAGAGUGUAUAUUAAUGAUCUGUUCUGUCCUGGAGUUGGGACCACUGGUAUAGAGUGUAUAUUAAUGAUCUGUUCUGUCCUGGAGUUGGGACCACUGGUAUAGAGUGUAUAUUAAUGAUCUGUUCUGUCCUGGAGUUGGGACCACUGGUAUAGAGUGUAUAUUAAUGAUCUGUUCUGUCCUGGAGUUGGGACCACUGGUAUAGAGUGUAUAUUAAUGAUCUGUUCUGUCCUGGAGUUGGGACCACUGGUAUAGAGUGUAUAUUAAUGAUCUGUUCUGUCCUGGAGUUGGGAACACUGGUAUAGAGUGUAUAUUAAUGAUCUGUUCUGUCCUGGAGUUGGGACCACUGGUAUAGAGUGUAUAUUAAUGAUCUGUCUUCUAUCUGCUGAACUCAUAUUCCUGUGUGUGCGUACUACUCCAUAUUUUGUGUUAUUCUAGUGUUGCAUAUGUUUAGAGCUUGUGACAUUUCAUUUAUAGUGGAAACUUCAAAGUUAAAAAAAAAGAUAUUAUUGAAACGCUUUCAUGAUACUGGCAGUGCUUAGGCGUCACUCAUCUCUUAGUCGUAGCUAAAACCAGCUUCGGCAGACACAGUCAAAUGAUCCUUGUGUUUCUCCCUCCAGCCGCCUCCUGCUAUCUACGACAAGCAGCUGGAUGAACGAGAACACUCCAUCGACGAAUGGAAAGGUAAACAUGUCACGUCUUUGGACUAGAUAGAUCUGUUGUAAUUAUAUUGCUAAGGAGGCCUCUUUAUCUGAGGAGUACAUUGGCUGCGUUUACACAGGCAGCCCAAUUCUGAUCUUUUUUCCACUAAUUGGUCUUUUGACCAAUCACAUCAGAUAUUUUCACAUGAGCUGAUCUGAUUGGUCAAAAGACCAAUUAGUGAAAAAAAAAUAUCCAAAUUGGGCUGCCUGUUUAAACGCAGCCUCCGAAGCUGGUCAACAAUACAGUCUACAGUCGUGGUCAAAAGUUUUGAGAAUGACACAAAUAUAAAUUUUCUGCUGCCUCAGUUUUUAUGAUGGCAAUUUGCAUAUACUCCAGAAUGUUAUGAAGAGUGAUCAGAUGAAUUGCAAUUAAUUGUGUCACGAUCGUCGUAUGGAAUAGACCAAGGCGCAGCGUGAUGAACGAACAUAUUGAAUCUUUAUUAUCUAUAGUGAUAAUAUACACGACAAAACAACAAAACGAAACGUGCAGUCCUACGGUUUAAUAUAACCAACAAGGAACAAACCAAAACGGAAACAAGAUCCCACAAACACAAAGGGAAAACAGACAGGUUAAAUAUGGCUCCCAAUCAGAGACAACCAACAACAGCUGACACUCGUUGCCUCUGAUUGGGAGCCACUCAGGCCAACAUAGAACUAGCACAACUAGAACUCCCGACAUAGAAACACAACACAUAGAAUGAACACACCCUGGCUCAACAUAUAGAGUCCCAGAGCCAGGGUGUGACAGUACCCCCCCCCUAAAGGCGCGGACUGCGACCGCGCCUCAACUAGAACCAAACAGGGGAGGGCUGGGUGGGCAUUCCUCCUCGGAGGCGGUUCUGGCUCCGGGCUUGCCCACCACCCUCCAAUAAUCCCCCCAUAGCGCCCCUGGUCCGAUCUGGCCCCGCUGGCUGGAGCUGAACUGGACAUAGUAGGAGCGGAUAGCUUCAGCUCCGGUGUGGAGCAGCCGACCAGUACCUGAUCAGGCACCGGUGACCCAGGCACGGGUUGUGCCGGACUGACGACGCGCACCCCUGGCUUGGUGCGUGGAGCAGGAACGGACCGGACCGGGCUGACGAUGCGCACCCCUGGCUUGGUGCGUGGAGCAGCAACUGGCCGGACCGGGCUGACGAUACGCACCCCUGGCUUGGUGCGUGGAGAAGGAAUGGGCCUUACCAGGCUGACGACGCGCACCCCUGGCUUGGUGCGUGGAGCAGGAACGGACCGGACCGGGCUGACGAUGCGCACCCCUGGCUUGGUGCGUGGAGCAGCAACGGGCCGGACCGGGCUGACGAUACGCACCCCUGGCUUGGUGCGUGGAGCAGCAAUGGGCCUUACCAGGCUGACGUCUCGCACCCCUGGCUUGGUGCGAGUGGCAGGAACAGGCCUUACCGGGCUGACGACUCACACCCCUGGCUUGGUGCGUGGAGCAGCAACAGGCCUUACCAGGCUGACGUCUCGCACCCCUGGCUUGGUGCGAGUGGCAGGAACAGGCCGGGCCGGGCUGGCGACGCGCACCGUAGGCUUGGUGCGAGUAGCAGGAACAGGCCGGGCUGGUGACGCGCACCGUACACUUGGUGCGAGUGGCAGGAACAGGCCGGGCCGGGCUGGCGACGCGCACCGUAGGCUUGGUGCGAGUAGCAGGAACAGGCCGGGCUGGUGACGCGCACCGUACACUUGGUGCGAGUGGCAGGAACAGGCCGGGCCGGGCUGGCGACGCGCACCGUAGGCUUGGUGCGAGUAGCAGGAACAGGCCGGGCCGGGCUGGCGACGCGCACCGUAGACUUGGUGCGAGUAGCAGGAACAGGCCGGGCCAGGCUGGCGACGCGCACCGUACACUUGGUGCGAGUGGCAGGAACAGGCCGGGCCGGGCUGGCGACGCGCACCGUAGGCUUGGUGCGAGUGGCAGGAACAGGCCGGGCCGGGCUGGCGACGCGCACCGUAGGCUUGGUGCGAGUAGCAGGAACAGGCCGGGCCGGGCUGGCGACGCGCACCGUAGACUUGGUGCGAGUAGCAGGAACAGGCCGGGCCGGGCUGGCGACGCGCACCGUAGGCUUGGUGCGAGUAGCAGGAACAGGCCGGGCCGGGCUGGCGACGCGCACCGUACACUUGGUGCGAGUGGCAGGAACAGGCCGGGCCGGGCUGGCGACGCGCACCGUAGGCUUGGUGCGAGUGGCAGGAACAGGCCGGGCCGGGCUGGCGACGCGCACCGUACACUUGGUGCGAGGGGCAGGAACAGGCCGGACCGUACUGGGGACACACACCACUGGCUCUACACCGGGAUCUGGAACGGGCCGGACCGGACUGGUAACACACCCCAGUACCUCUCGCCGUGCCUCUACACCUUCCUUCCCUUCCUUGACCAGUGACCCCCGUAACCUGGUGGCCUUCUGAAUUCGCCCCUUGUCUGCCUCCGUCAGCCCCGUCGUCCAUGCCCUGUGCCCCCCCCUAAACAUUUUUUGGGGUUGCCUCUCGUCCGUCCGACGACGACACUGAUUACGCCGUUGCUCCUCUCUCCGUCGCGCCUCUACCGUCUCACUCCAUGGCCGGCGAUCCAUCCCGGCCAGGAUUUCCUCCCAGGUCCAGGACCCCUGCCCGUCCAAGAUCUGCUCCCACGUCCAGGCUGUCUGCUCCUGGACACGCUGCUUGGUCCUGUGAUGGUGGGAUCUUCUGUCACGAUCGUCGUAUGGAAUAGACCAAGGCGCAGCGUGAUGAACAAACAUAUUGAAUCUUUAUUAUCUAUAGUGAUAAUAUACACGACAAAACAACAAAACGAAACGUGCAGUCCUACGGUUUAAUAUAACCAACAAGGAACAAACCAAAACGGAAACAAGAUCCCACAAACACAAAGGGAAAACAGACAGGUUAAACAUGGCUCCCAAUCAGAGACAACCAACAACAGCUGACACUCGUUGCCUCUGAUUGGGAGCCACUCAGGCCAACAUAGAACUAGCACAACUAGAACUCCCGACAUAGAAACACAACACAUAGAAUGAACACACCCUGGCUCAACAUAUAGAGUCCCAGAGCCAGGGUGUGACAAAUUGCAAAGUCCGUCUUUGCCAUGAAAACAUUUCCACUGCAUUUCAGCCCUGCCACAAAAGGACCAGCUGACAUCAUGUCAGUGAUUCUAUCGUUAACACAGGUGAGAGUGUUGACGAGGACAAGGCUGGAGAUCACUCUGUCAUGCUGAUUGAGUUAGAAUAACAGACUGGAAGCUUUAAAAGGAGGGUGGUGCUUGAAAUCAUUGUUCUUCCUCUGUUAACCAUGGUUACCUGCAAGGAAACACGUGCCGCCAUCAUUGCUUUGCACAAAAAGGGCUUCACAGGCAAGGAUAUUGCUGCUAGUAAGAUUGCACCUAAAUCAACCAUUUAUCGGAUCAUCAAGAACUUCAAGGAGAGAGGUUCAAUUGUUGUGAAGAAGGCUUCAGGGCGCCCAAGAAAGUCCAGUAAGCGCCAGGACCGUCUCCUAAAGUUGAUUCAGCUGCGGGAUCGGGGCACCACCAGUGCAGAGCUUGCUCAGGAAUGGCAGCAGGCAGGUGUGAGUGCAUCUGCACGCACAGUGAGGCGAAGACUUUUGGAGGAUGGCCUGGUGUCAAGAAGGGCAGCGAGGAAGCCACUUCUCUCCAGGAAAAACAUCAGGGACAGACUGAUAUUCUGCAAAAGGUACAGGGAUUGGACUGCCGAGGACUGGGGUAAAGUCAUUUUCUCUGAUGAAUCCCCUUUCCGAUUGUUUGGGGCAUCCGUAAAAAAGCUUGUCCGGAGAAGACAAGGUGAGCGCUACCAUCAGUCCUGUGUCAUGCCAACAGUAAAUAAUCCUGAGACCAUUCAUGUGUGGGGUUGCUUCUCAGCCAAGGGAGUGGGCUCACUCACAAUUUUGCCUAAGAACACAGCCAUGAAUAAAGAAUGGUACCAUAACAUCCUCCGAGAGCAACUUCACCCAACCAUCAAAGAACGAACAAUGCCUUUUGAGAACUUGUGGUCAAUCCUCAAGAGGCGGGUGGACAAACAAAAACCCACAAAACUCCCAAGCAUUGAUUAUGCAAGAAUGGGCUGCCAUCAGUCAGGAUGUGGCCCAGAAGUAAAUUGACAGCAUGCCAGGGUGGAUUGCAGAGGUCUUGAAAAAGAAGGGUCAACACUGCAAAUAUUGACUCUUUGCAUAAACUUAAUGUAAUUGUCAAUAAAAGCCGUUGACACUUAUGGAAUGCUUGUAAUUAUACUUCAGUAUACCACAUCUGACAAAUAUCUAAACACUGAGGCAGCAAACUUUGUGAAGACAAAUACUUUUGACCACGACUGUACUUUACGUUUCUAUAACAACUUUUCCAGUUAAUUUGUUACCUUACCAUGGUAAUUAGACUCCUAUAAUGUAAUCCUAGAACAGAGGAGAAUAGAUUUCUGUGCUGAUAUUUGAAAGAUUCUUCUUCUGCCCAACUUUUCCUCCCUGGCUCUCUCUUUCUCUCUUUCUCGCUCUCUCGCUCUCUCGCUCUCCAGAACUAAUCUACAAAGAGGUGAUGAACUUUGAGGAGAGGAUGAAGAACAGGGUAGUGAAAGGACAGCCCUCUACUUCAGGUACUCUCAUAACCUAA